CACGGCUUCGUUGCGGCCGGGACAGAGAACGAAUCACGUAUGUGACAUGGCGUCCGGGUAGAAAGAAAGUUGACUGUUAAUAUAAACGUUAAUGUUGUUUUUAUGACAUUGACCGAACAAAAAGGGAACCUCCGAGGCCGCGAAUUUUCCCUAGACACCGGCAUUGAUGGUAAUGCAUGCGAGGAAACCACAAAGGAUAAGUGAUGGGUACUUCGAUAAGCACCAGGCCCAUCCCUAUCAGAACACGAAAUACAGUAGUUCAAAGGGUGGCUACUCCUCGUCGACUACGUCGGAUAGUCGUUACGAGGGGCGAAUGCGAGAUUCCCCGAAUGGUAACUCGUACAGUCCAGCCGGAGGUUUGGGAAUGGGCAUGGGAGCAGAUCGUGACAGCCCCCGUAAUUAUCCCAGUAAACCUCUAUACAAGAAGGAGAGAGAAAACAGAGACUAUAAGUUAUCCUCCUCUAGGGACAAGUAUUCCGAUUGUGCACGAUCUCCAAAAGAUAAGAGGAGCCGCGAAAGCAGGGAUUCGGAACACAGGACCAAUCAUGAUAGGAGCAGCGGAGAGAUUUUGCAUCCUAUAAAAAUAUCUUCAAACUCAUCUAGAGAUUCGUCUUCACAACGGAAGCCAACGCAUAAUUCGUGUCAGGACAAACGCGGCGAUGAACGGGGAACUAUGGAACGUACGGCCAGGUUUGGCGACUGGUCGGAGCAUAUGAGUUCAUCAGGAAAGAAGUAUUAUUACAAUUGCAAAACUGAAGUUUCACAAUGGGAAAAGCCAAGGGAAUGGAUUGUACGAACAGACAGUCGUCAACGUCAAUCCAAUGAUUACUCCAGUAGGUCAAGUCAUGAUAAACAUUCCAACUCGCGAUCAAACAGCAGUGCCAGUAGUGCGCGAGAUGGUAAAUCAUCACGGCAAACUGACAAACGUGAAUAUUGGGUCUCAUGUAGCAGUAGCAGUGGGAAUAGUAGUCGAGAGGAUGUCUCGUCACGUGAACGUGAACGCGAAAGAGAAAAAGAACGUGAACGUGAACGUGAAAAAGAACGUGAUUCAUGUAGAGAGGAUUUGGGUGUUGAACGUCAAACACAGGACAUGGAUAUUUCACCAGGUGAUUCUACACCCACAUCAGAACCAUUGACAUCAAAUGUUCAUGAUCAAAUUCCCCAAGGGCCGGUAUUGUUAGCUACAGCGUUACCUCGAUUAACGUCACAUCCAUCAACGAUACCACAAGCACCUGGAAAAUUAGCUUCUCCAACGCAACAACAUGGUAAUAGUAAUGCCCCAGGUCCACCGGUGUCACUUGCAAAUUUACCUCGACUUCUGUCACAAAUUACUGGCAGCAAAGAACAACCUGACAUCACACCGCAAAAAGCACUUCAAACUCUUCAAACUGCAAUUAUGUUAUCCAGACAGAAUUUUAAUAUUAAUUUACAGCAAUCGGGAAGUGGAGAACGACCCAAUAUGUCUAAUGAUGUGAUGGCACCUUUAAAAGUUGAUACCAGUGGUAAUGUGACUAGCGAAGGACCACCAACUCCUACACAUUCAGAAACUCAGGACUGUGUUGACGUUCGAAAAAUAGCGAGUCCAGGAGCUACAAAUUCAAGUGUUCAAGGUCUCAGUUCGUUACAAGGAUUAAGUACAUUAGGUUCACUAGGAAGUUUAGGUAAUGGAGGUGGCUUACAAGCAUUAUCUAGAGUUCAACCACCUCUAACGCCUUCCCUCACGCCUUCACUCGCAAAUCAUUAUCGAGAAGAUUUAACUCAACAUGUACGUGCUUUUCCCGCGGACAUUCUAGAAAAACAGGCGCAAAAGCUUAGUGAAGAAGCACAUACAAUGGGCAGUUUACAAUGCACACGUGUAUCAGCAGAAUUAAAAACUGCGCGAUCAUUAGUCAGGCUGACAGAAAUUCAAGCGACGUUGCAGGAACAGAGGAUAUUGUUUCUCCGUCAACAAAUUCGGACGCUAGAGGAGCUGAAAUCCCAAAAUUCCUUCAUGUCUGAUGAUUCUUAGUGUAAGGGACUUUAUAAAAUAAUUAUUACAACCUAUAAUUAAUUCAUGAAAAAAAAAAAAAAAAAUAAUAAUAAUAAAAACAUACUUAUUAAUAUUCUCAUUAAUAUUGAAUAAUUAAGAUUGUACCUAAAUUAUAAUAUCAUUGAUAGAAGUGAUAUAAAUAGUGAAAAAAAAAAAAAAAAUGAAAAAAAUAAAAAAAAAAAAAUGAAAAAAAUGACUGGGCUACCCGGAGAGGACUCUCGAGGGCUGUAAUCGACGUGACAGCCAAGUAAGUCUUAUAUAAUAAUAAUUAUAAUAAUAUUAAUUAGUUAAUGCGUACCUCUCCGGGAUUGUGCGGCCUAUCCAAGAUACAUUCAGUCACGACACAAAAAAAAAAAAAAUGAACACGUAAAUAGAAAAAACAAGCCAAUUUAACUUCGAAUUGUACCAAAUUGUAUAUCUGAUCUUGUCCACGUCGUCUUGUAUUACCUAUGUUAUAUACGUGUCAAUGUUUCAUAUCUCCCAUGAUUAAGUGGCAUUUUAAACUAGUUCAAUGAUAAAAUUGGUUUCCAUUUUUUUUGUUUUUUUUUUCCUUUUUUUUGUAAUUGUAAAUCUCAGAAUAAAUUUAUCGUGCCACAAG